AUGUCGAAAAUCUCUGAAAACGGUACAACAAAGCAAAAACCACGAUUAGAUCUUAAUGGUCAUUCAUACAUCCAAGACCGACCUUACGGUGAAAAAAUUUACUGGCGUUGCAUUAAUUAUAAAUCUGAUAGCUGUCAUUCUCGUCUACGCACCUGUAUAAUUACCAAUUCGAUUCUCAAACCACCUACUGAACAUUCAUGUAAAUCCAAUGCAAUUGCUCAUGAAGUUCGUGUUUUUUCUCAACAAGUAGCCGAACGGGCUUUAAACACGCAGGAAACGCCUGAAGCGAUUAUCACUAAUUGCUACAAGAAUAUGUCAGACCCGUCGAUCGCUCGUCUUCCAGUGCGCGAAAAUAUUAAACGUCGAAUUCGAAUUCUUCGUCAAAAUAACCAAUUAGUGAAAGAACCGAAUGUUCCUAAAUUUUUAUCGGUUCCGAAUGAACUAACUUUAACUCAUCGAAAAGAAAGAUUUCUUUGUUCUGACACAGGCCCAGGUGAUGAUCGAAUAUUAAUCUUCGCAAGUCCUGAACAAUUACAAAUUUUACAAACGUCUGGAGAAUUCUUAGUUGACGGCACAUUCAAAGUUGUUCCUGAAAUCUUCUAUCAGUUGUUUAUUAUCCAUACUGUUUAUCGUAAUUAUGUUGUUCCUGUGAUUUAUGCUUUAUUAAGAGGAAAAAAUACUGAUACUUACCAACGUUUAAUUGACGAAAUCCUUAAGAUUGCUCCAAAUUGGUUGCCUCGCUUGAUAAUGAUGGACUUUGAACAAGCAUCUAAUUAUUAA